AUGCAACGCGAACGACGCACCAACGCCGGUAAUCGAAUGGCCAAACUCCUAGACGAAGAGGAGGAUUGUCAGGACGAAUUCUACAAAGAAAACUACGGCGGUUUUCAAGACACCGAAUCCGACAGAGAAUACGAGGCCGUCGGCGACGACGAAGACAUCGUCGAUUCGGAUUUCAGCAUCGACGAAAACGACGAACCCGUUUCGGACGCCGAAGGCGACGAAACACAAAAAAAGAAACGCCGGUUGAUCACCAAAGCUUACAAGGAGCCCGUCCAACAGAGCGAGAAGCCCAAAUUGCCGAAACCCAAAUUUUCGAAAGUCAAGCACUCGUCGAGUACCGCAAACGAAUCGUUCGGAAGGAAGUCUGUGAGGAAAUCGACGUUGGCCAGGACGGCGGAGACUGCGCAAAGGGUGAAAGUGAGGGACCUCGAGCAGCGUAAGAAGGUGAGGAAACAAGCCGUAGAAGAAUGGAUACCGACGCAAGAGGAACUAUUGGAAGAGGCGAAAUGCACCGAGGAGGAAAAUCUCAAAUCGCUCGAGAGAUAUCAGAAGUUGGAGAACGAAAAGAAGACCAAAAGACCGAUCAAAAAGAUGUCUUCGGGACCAAUGAUACAGUAUAAAUCUAUGAGAAUGCCCGUUAUCCAAACAAUAGAUACAAACGAAGAAAGCGAAAGCUGUGAAGAAAAAUACUACGAGAGGACAUUCGUAACAGUUCUAAACGAUCCUAACGAUGUCGUUUUUAAAAAAGUGUUCAACAUCAAGCCACCUCCAACGUUACCGAAAAAACUCAAAUGUGCUGUUACUGGGAAACCUGCGAAAUAUGUGGAUCCGAUAACGUGCGUUCCUUAUCACAAUAGCACCUGCUUGAAGAUAAUCCGAUUGGCUUACUACGAUUAUUUGGAGAACAACGGAGAUAAGAGCAAUUCGAUGGUGGCGGAAUUUACGAAAUGGUUUUCGCAGAACAAGAAGAAAUUGAGGAACGAAUUGAUCCUUCCCGAACAGAAAAUCUCCUGCAAUUAA